AUCUCGCAAGGAGUUUGAAGAAGCAAAAAAAAAAACAAGUUCUAGAGGCUUCUUGUGCUUUGUUUGUUGUUACAUCUUAAAGAGAGUGAGCGAGAGUGAGCAGUUUGUUUUGACAGUCAACUUAGAACGAUCGUGAUUCGUGAUCGUCAUUCUACGAGUGAGCGUGAUCGUGCAAGGAUCGCACAGUUGAAGGACAUUCGUGAAGCACAAAGACUUCAAGUGAUCUCAAGAACUUUGAGCAAUACCAAGUGAUACGAAGAACUUCAGUGACAACACCAAGUGAUCAAGUGAUCUUCACCACAAAUCAACCAACACACAUCAAAAAUGGCAGUCAUUUCGCCGAUGUUCUCCGGAUACCCGUUCCAAGGUCAGGGACGCAUGAACCAGCUCGGAGGGGUGUUCAUCAACGGGCGCCCGUUGCCGAACCACAUUCGCUUCAAGAUCGUUGAGUUGGCGGCCCAGGGGGUGCGGCCGUGCGUCAUCUCGCGCCAGCUGCGCGUGUCCCACGGAUGUGUGAGCAAGAUCUUGAACCGCUACCAGGAAACGGGCUCGAUCCGGCCGGGCGUGAUCGGGGGAUCAAAGCCGCGGGUGUCAACGCCGGAGAUCGAGAACCGGAUCGAGGAAAUGCGCAAGGCCAACCCGGGCAUCUUCAGCUGGGAGAUUCGUGACAAGCUGAUCAAGGAGGGCGUUUGCGACAAGAACUCGGCUCCGUCAAUCAGCUCGAUCUCGAGACUGCUGCGUGGAGGACGCGUAGAUGAUCAUGACGGUCGUGCCGACCAUUCGAUCAGCGGAAUCGUUGGAGGAUCCUCGGCCGAUGACGACAGCGAUACCGAGUCCGAACCGGGACUGAAGCUGAACCGCAAGCAGCGACGAUCGCGCACUACAUUCAACGGAGAACAGCUGGAAGCGCUGGAGGUUGCGUUCGCCCGCACUCAAUAUCCGGAUGUUUACACUCGUGAAGAACUUGCCCAGAAGACCCGCCUGACGGAAGCCCGUGUCCAGGUUUGGUUCUCCAACCGUCGUGCUCGCCUUCGCAAGCAGGUCAACUCCCAGCAGACGGCGUUCAACUCUCAGUACCCAGCCGCCGCUCAGUACGAACACCAAGCUGCUGCUGCCGCAGCCGCCGCAGCCUUCCCGUCAACCAUGCAAUCCUGGAACCCAGCGGCCUGCUACCCAACAACCUCCGCCAACCAAAGCUCAAUCCAUGCCCCGUCUCAAACCGCGUACAACCCACUGGCCCAGACCAUGCUGCACCCAACCUCCGCCACCAUGAGCCCACCGGCUUCUCUCAGCCCACCGACCUCGGUCAGCCCUGUUCAGCACUCAGCCGCCACCUCACACAGCCAACUGGCAGCGGCAUCAUCCUCCCCGAUCCAGAACUCCACCGCAGCAGCCACCGCCAACUACAGCAGCUACUUCCCCAUGAUUGACAACAGCCAGUCCUCGUACGCAGCCGCCUCUUCGUACGCAGCCAACGACAACUCCCAGUGGCGCCAAACUGCCGCCGCCGCCCACCAAAAAUCCACCUCCGAGUGGGACGCCUAUAGCUCCUUCUUCUCGAACAACAUGAACGCGCACCACGCCGCCAGCCACCACCCGUACUCGGCGGAAGCCAAGUCCGGAUAUCCCUACUUUGGCCAGCUGGGCGGACUCGACAUGAGCCGCAUGCACCUGAACUGCUAAGAGCCCGCGAACCUAACCUCAAAUUGAGGUGCGAGCGCGCCCGCGCCCAUCAACAAAACAAUAAAUUAAUCAUAAUUAAGGGCGCGCGAGAGCGAAACUUUCACGGGCGAAGGCGUGAAAAUGAAAUAUGGCCGUCGCUGGAAAACUGCAUAAUUUAUUGAGCUGAGCGGGACGCGUUGCGCCGAGUUCUGAACCGAGAGAGAUAGAGGGGCUAAUUUUUACGAGCGCUUGCGCGCCCGCAAUCGAUGUAAAUAUUUAGAUGAAAAGACGGGGCUUUUAAUGCUUCCUGUGUACAAGUAGUUUCGCUAGGUUUUUUUUAUCUUUACGAUCUGUGUAGUGUUUUUUAGGUUAAGUUAUGGCCUAGCCUGAACUGGGUUUAGAGCCGAAGCUAGGCCGCUGCGCAGUUGAACGCAGGUGGAUUCGAUGCGCAAAAUCUAUUGAGAGAUGAAAAUUAUGGGACUGUUUUUAGGAUAGUUGCGAGAAUCAUAGGGUUUUAAGGUAGCGAUAAUUGACACACAAACACAAAAUCACAAAUUAUGAUUAGUGCACUUUCCUUAUGUUAGAUGUUAAGCUGAAGAAAUGGUAUUUAUAUUUUUAGU